AUGGCAAUGAUGUCGAUGCCGAUCCGCCGCCGCGUGAGGGCCGCCCUGCUGCUGGCACUCGGCGUAUGCGCGCUUUGGAGCUUCCAGGCGCACCAGGCCUUCGGCAGCGCGACGGUGGUGGAAGUGAAGGAAGAGCCCUCGACCAUGGUGAAGUUUGUCGGCGGCCAUCCCCUUCUCGUGUGCUUCGUGGUGAUGGCCCUCACUGGAGCCUUCGCAUGCACCGAAGUCAGCCAGGCCACACCCGCUGGCCCGCCUGAGAAGCGCCCGGACUACAACACCUUCCUGAUGAUGCAGAACAUCCUGUGCUUCGCAUCCGGCUACGUCAAUGCCCUGACCAUCAUCGACAUGGGCAUGACCGUGUCCCAUCAGACCGGCAACACCAGCCACACAGGACGCCUGAUUAUGAAUGGCGGGGCCGCGUUCUUUCACCUCAUGGCCGCCUUCGCUGCCGGCAGCUUCGUGGCAGGCUACAGCAAGUCCGAUGGUGAAGCAGUCUACCAGGGCCGCUACUCCCCGAACAUGCUCGCGUCCACUUUCUGCGUGCUUGGCGGCUGCUUGGUCCACUACUGCAAGGCAGCGGACGGCAGUGGCAACGAUUCCCACUCCGAGUCGCUGCUGCUCUUCGCCUUCUCCCAGGGCAUUCAGAACGGCGUGACCCGAAGGUGCACCUCCUGCCCUAUCUGCACCACGCACUUCACCGGCUACCUCACCGACUUCGGUGUUGGCCUCGGUGCCUGGGCGCGUGCGCAGGUGAGCGGUGAGCCUUCUCCCACCCUCCUCAAGGUGCUCCUCUUCGGCUCGGGCACCUUCUUCUUCGGCCUGGGCGGCGUCGCGGCCAAGGAGACCCAUGGCCCCUACGGAAUCCAGGCCGCCCUCAUCCCGGCUGCGAUCAUGGCGGCUGUUGCGGGCGGGCUGUUCCCAGUGAUCAAGAUGCCCAAGCCGGCCAAGGCUUAA